AUGAGAUUACCUAUCAGUGUGUUGUUGCUCUCUAUCUGGGCUAUACUAUUCACCACAUCGUAUGCGGAAGAGCAAGAAGAGUCAAAGGCAGGUGAACCAUCAUUCAUUUCAACCGAAGAUGCCAGUCAUAUUAUAAGUAAAUCAAAACAUACUAAUAAUUGGGCUGUAUUAGUAUCUACUUCUAGAUUCUGGUUUAAUUACAGACAUAUGGCAAAUGUGCUUUCAUUAUAUAGAACUGUUAAGAGAUUAGGUAUUCCAGAUUCACAAAUCAUUCUUAUGUUGUCUGAUGAUGUGGCAUGUAAUCCAAGAAAUGCCUUCCCUGGUACUGUGUUUAAUAAUAUGGAUCAAGCCAUUGAUCUUUAUGGUGAAUCUGUUGAAGUUGAUUAUCGUGGUUAUGAAGUCACUGUGGAGAAUUUCAUCAGAUUGUUGACUGAUAGAUGGGAUCCAGACCAUCCAAGAUCAAAAAGAUUAUUAACUGAUCAAAAUUCAAAUAUAUUCAUUUAUUUAACUGGUCAUGGAGGUAAUGAAUUCUUAAAAUUCCAAGAUGCAGAAGAAAUAGGUUCAUAUGAUAUUGCUGAUGCUUUUGAACAAAUGUAUGAAAAGAAAAGAUAUAAUGAAAUCUUCUUUAUGAUUGAUACAUGUCAAGCCAAUACUAUGUAUGAAAGAUUUUAUUCUCCAAAUAUCUUAGCAGUUGGUUCAUCAAGAUUAGAUGAAAGUUCAUAUUCUCAUCAUUCCGAUAUGGAUAUUGGUGUGGCUGUGAUUGAUCGUUUUACUUAUUUCACUUUGGAUUACUUGGAAAAGAUUGAUAAAGAUUCUCAAGAAACCAUUGAUAAGUUAUUUGAUGUCUAUACAUUUGAAAAUGUUCAUUCCAACCCUGGUAUUAGAACUGAUUUGUUCCAUAGAAAUGUUAGCGAAGUCUUAUUAACUGAUUUCUUUGGUAAUGUUCAAAAUGUGGUGGUUAAUGAUGGUGAUGAAGAUCUUUUAUAUAUCUCCAAUCAUGAUAAAACAGGAGAAUUACUUAAAUUCUACGAUGAAGAACCAGAAGAACAAAUAAGUGAAGGUAUUGUCAACUCUACAAACAUAAAAACGUCAUAUCAAAUUGAUUUCGGUGUUGAGAAUGAAGAAUCAUCUGAUCAAAUCAUUCAAGUUUCUCCUACAUUAGCAAAACGUUUAGGUUUAGGAACAGGUUUAGUUGUCAUUGGGUUAUGGUUCGUAUCUACGUAG